GCUCCACCGUCCCCGCCGCUACCAUCCCACUAUGGUUCUUAAUAAUAAGUUUGCAAAACCACCCCUCCUUAAUAACAUCCAGAGAUAAUAAAUUUGCGGUUGAUAAAUCCAUCUUCUUUUAUUUUUAUAUGGGGGCAUCAUUAUCGCUUUUGGCGGAGAACGGUUCGGGCAACGGGGGUCCGAGUCUGGGGGAUAUACCUGAGAGCUGCGUGGCGUGUGUGUUUCUGUACCUGACGCCGCCGGAGAUUUGCAAUCUGGCCCGCCUCAAUUGGGCCUUCCGUGGGGCUGCCUCAUCCGACGCCGUUUGGGAAGCCAAGCUUCCUUCCAACUACCAUAAUCUCCUCGACAUCCUCCCCCAUACCGAUGGCGACACCCACCACAAGCUCUCCAAGAAAGCCAUAUUUGCCAUCCUCUCGCGGCCCCAUCCCUUGGACGACGGCAACAAGGAAGUUUGGUUAGACAGGUUUUCUGGGCGGGUUUGCAUGUCAAUAUCAGCCAAGGCAAUGGCAAUAACAGGGAUUGAAGACCGGAGAUAUUGGAAUUGGGUUCCUACAGAAGAAUCUAGAUUUCCUGUUAUAGCCUAUUUGCAGCAAAUAUGGUGGUUCGAAGUAGCUGGUGUGGUGAAGUUCCCUUUGAAUCCAGAUAUAUAUACUUUAUCUUUUAGGAUUCACCUUGGAAAAUUUUCCAAACGACUUGGACGCCAUGUUUGCAAAUUUGAGCACACUCAUGGUUGGGGUAUAAAACCAGUACGAUUUGAAUUGUCUACUUCAGAUGGUCAGCAAGCAUCAACUGAGUGCUUUUUAGAUGAUACUGAACAAGAUGUCGCAAAUGGGAGCCACAAGCGUGGCUGCUGGAUAGAUAUCAAGGUAGGUGAAUUCACAGUUAGUGAAUCAGAUCCUGAGACUGAAGUGAGAUUUUCGAUGAAACAGAUUGAUUGCACCCAUUCAAAAGGGGGACUUUGUGUCGAUUCUGUAUCGAUUAUUCCCAGUAAUUUGCGAGAGCGUAGAAGAGGUUUUUGAAGUGACAAUGAUGUGGUAUGUUCUCGAGUUAUGAGCAACCUUUGAUGGCCCAUAUGGGGUUAUAUCGUGCAGCUUAUACUUUUUGAUAGCGUUGAUAUUUGGAGGAUAUAAUCUAAAAUGUUUUUGCAGUAGUUAUGUGUCUUCUGCCCAUGUAAUUUUUAUGGUUUUGUAAUUCAUGCAGUUUUGCUGCACAUAAAUCUGCAGAACAUUAAGAAAAUGUGCUACAUUUGUUGCCUGAUUUUUUGCCAAAUACAGUUGAUUUUCUUUAAUGAGAUUCAAAAAAGGUACAGCUC